CCUCCUCCUCCCUCCUCCGCCAUGCUGCCUCUUCCUCCUCCUCCCCGUUUCUCCGCUCCCCCUCCUCUCCAUCUUCCAAUCUCCUCCGCCGCCCCCCGCCGCCUCUCCCUCGUCGGAGCCAACCACACCUCCGCUCGCUUCUGCUCCCGAUAAAUCCCCCUCCCCCCCCCCCCCCCAUCUCUCUCUUUCUCUCUCUGUCUCUCUGUCUCUCUGUGUAUUACUGUAUUCGUCUCGCUCUCAGAUCCGACUCUAGAUCGCGGUGCCUCCGGCGGCGAUGGAGCCGGCUCCGGCCAAACCGAGCUUCCUCCGGAACAUCCUCGUGCGGGCCCUCCUCUUCGGCGUCGUCCUCGUCGUCCUCCGCUUCGCCUACGUCGUCACCAUCGCCGGCGAGUCCUGCGACCUCGGCGACUUCUGCUUCUUCUCCCUCCCCGAGAACAUCAACCUCGCCAUCGCCGGGGCCGGCUCCGGCGACUCCGGCGCCUCCGCCGCCGCCAAGUCCCAGUCGGCGGCGGCUCCCAAGCGCCGCGACCCCCGCGAGAGCAAGGAGUGGAUUCAGGCCGUCCGGUUUUACUCCUCGGUGUUCCAGGAUCUGAUGGUGGACGCGUUCCUGUCGCCGGUGCACAGGACCCUGUGCGUGGGCUCCGUCGCCGGCGAGGACGUUUUCGCUCUGAGGGACAUUGGCGUGAUGGACUCGAUCGGGAUUGCCAAGAAAGCGUCUCCUCCGUUGGUUAAAUCCGGAGCGCUGCACCGCCUGCCGUUCCGCGACGACACUUUCGAUUUUAUCUUCUCCGGUGCCGGCCACUUCGACGGGUUCCCGAGGCCGGUGGACGUCGCAGCCGAGCUCGAGAGGACGCUGAAACUCGAAGGGUUCCUCGUUGUGCACGUAAGGGCUAAUGAUACCUAUAGUUUCAAUUCUUUCCUCGAGAUGUUCAAGCAUUGCACGCUGCUAAGGUCGCACGACAUUGAUGGUUUUGAAUCUUCGUUGCCACGAAUAAGGGAAAUUGUUCUGAAGAAAGUUGGGGAUUCCGACAUUCACAGCCAUUUGAUUAGGAGAAGUAAAGUCAGUUCGGAGAAUAAGUGCUCUGUCCCGGAGUACAAGCAAAAAUUGGUCCGGAAUGCAGAGCCAUUGAUAGAGGAGGAACCCUUGAAACCUUGGAUUACUUUGAAAAGGAAUAUACAGAACAUAAAGUAUGUGCCAUCAAUGGUCGAUAUUAGUUUCAAGAAUAGAUAUGUGUAUGUUGAUGUCGGAGCUCGGAGUUAUGGGUCUAGUAUAGGUAGUUGGUUCAGAAAACAGUAUCCCAAGCAGAACAAGACUUUCGAAGUGUAUGCAAUUGAGGCGGAUAAGACCUUUCACGAUGAGUACAAGACGAAGAAGGCGGUUACGUUGUUGCCGUACGCGGCAUGGGUGAAGAAUGAGUCUCUGUUCUUUGAAAUAAAUCGAGACCCCGACCACAAGGUCGAGGUUGUUAAGGGGCGAGGGAUGGGAAGGAUUCGGCCUAUACAGUCGUCUGCUAAAUCUGAUGGAGAGGUUGUCAAGAUCAAAGGGUUUGACUUCGCAGAAUGGUUGAAGAGAACGGUGUCUGCGAAGGAUUUUGUGGUGAUGAAAAUGGAUGUAGAAGGGACUGAAUUCGACUUGAUUCCGCGGCUCUUUAAAACUGGAGCUAUCUGUUUGAUCGAUGAGAUAUUUCUUGAGUGCCAUUACAAUCGGUGGCAGAGGUGUUGUCCCGGUGAGAGGAGUUCAAAGUAUGAAAAAACUUACGGUCAGUGCCUGGACCUCUUCAAUUCUCUCAGGCAGAGUGGAGUCCUUGUUCAUCAAUGGUGGUAAAAGGCGAGAAACACUAUAUGUUCUGUAUCAAUCUUUUUCCUUAACCUUAGUAAAUUUUUGUGCCUUUUGUCUUUUCGCGGGAUUUGUUCGUUCUUGGUAACCUACAUGUUUAUUGGGCAUUCUAGUGCAUAUAAUUUUUCUUUUAAUUUGUCCAAUGGGAGCAAAACGAGAGAAACAAUUGUUCAAUUUGUAAGGAUUUCUAUUGCAAAAUGAAUGAAUUCUUGUCGUGGAAACUCUCGCUCUCUAAUGUAUUGAUUGUUUAUUAGGGUCACUCUUUUGUAUAAAACAGAGAUGUGAAACAUGCCUUCUUUUUGGAAAGAUAGGGGAAUAUGAAAUUAAGUUGAAAGUGUUUGAUGAGGACUUUAUUUUUUUGUUUUAAUGAGGAUCUGGCUGUUUAGCUUAAGAAUAACGAACUGCAUGAUACAUUACAAGCUGCUUGGAGACCUCAAUUGUCAGGGGAAAGUAUGCUACAGUUGAAAAGGUCAGUUUGGAAAGACUUUGAAUUGUCUCUGUUGCAUUUAAUUUGCAAAUGCAAAAGCCAUGUCGCGAUUCAAACAGUGUAGCAAAAUACGCCCAGUGCUGUGGGCUUCUUUAGCGGGUCGCAGGAGGUGACAUGGAAUGGUGAAGAACACGCUUCCUUGACAGUGGAUCCACUUUUACGCAAUUUUCUUGGAACUCUCCUCCCAUGCCUGCUCUUUUGUUUUCUUGGGCAUAAUUGUACUUGAAUUAAGCAGAUUGGAAGGCAAUAUUAAAACCUUGUCUGGCUGUCGAAUAUACUUAGAGAGAACUGUUUCUAUCCCCUGUUUCUUUUUUGCAGACAAACUUGAUGAUGUAUAAUUUUUCUUUUUGGUUGAGAAAUUUCUACCUGGCAGAUAGUCUUCAUCAAGUUCGUGUUUACCCAAAGCCUUCAUCUUCUCCAAUCUGUGUAAAAUAGCUUGAGCAAUGGAUUGAGCGGGGACAUUAUACUUCUUUGCCAGUGGACUUAUUGGUGAGAGUGUCUUCAGAACUGUUAAUUUUUAACAGCAGGGAUGCAAUUUCUUUUGCCGAAAGAAAGAAGGAAAAAAAAAAAGCGACAUGGAAGUUUGUUUUACUGCUCCCAGGAAGAAAACAAAGUGGACUCCAUGGAUGUAAGCGACUGCUGCAGAAGGUUUCGACAUCGACUCACGGACUGAAGCCGAAAUUCGUAUACGCCAGGUAAAAAAAUCUCUUCCUUCAGUGCCUAAGCUGUGGCCGUCUGUCGUAACUCCAUUGCCCAAGUUAUGCAGACAAACUGAAUAGAUCCCCAGGCCGGUGCCCAUAAUGCAAUAAUGCGAUGGCUUCUAUUAUUGGGCAGCGAGGCCACACUCGCAUGUGUUCUGUCGGCUUCAAUACUUUGUUUUGCCAGUAUGGCAAAACUCGGCGCUCAUAGCUAUAACAAGCUGGGAUGCUGAACCUUUUUGUGUUUUCUGGUUGGGAGGGAUCUGUGUAGGGCCUCGCGUCUAUAGACGACUCCCCACUUAUAUUUUGUUUUGACUUCUGAGACACUUCGGAUCGUCCCCGUCCGUCGUGUUGGGCGCUGGGAACGGUGGUUUUCAAUUCCACCGGGCCUACAAAGGCAUGUGUUUCCAUGCCUGACCACGACUUUCUUUUCCCCCAACGUCUUUUUCUUAAAUGUCGAGAUUGAUCUUGACAUACUCUUGAAGCAAUCAAGGCCUCGUUUGGCUUCGUUGACUGGGAAUCUGAAAACGAUUUUUCCAUUCCAUGCUAUCGCAUUCAUUGACAUAAUAAUCCUUUUAAUUAUUUGGA